GGUGCACUAAUGAGACAUGGUUUGAUCUCGGUGUAUGAUAGUGUAUGAUGGUGCAAUAUCAGUCGUACUAAUAGGAAAGUCUUAGUGACGUUGACUUCUUCCCAACCCUGUCGAGGAGUGCUUAAAAACACCUCUCUCCCAACAUUUGUUCGAAAAACUGCAACAAGAUUUUCAACAAUACAUCUCUUACAUCUCUUACAUCUCAUUCAACUCCUUUCAACAUGUCCGACCUCAAAGCAACCGUUUCAGAGACCACAACAAAAUCCGGUCAUGCCGGGUUCCACGUUGAAGGUUAUGAGAAGAUUGAAUAUGACUUCACUUUCAUUGAUGGUGUCUUCAAUAUCGACAAUCCAAAUCUUGCCGAGUGCUAUACCCAUUGGGGAAGGUGCUUAGCCGUCACUGACAUGAACAUUUACAAUGUUUAUGGAAAGCAGAUGGAGAAGUAUUUCCAGCACUACAACAUCAAGCUAGUAUUCCACAAAACAAAGAUUGGAGAGAAGGCAAAAACCAUUCCUACCUUUUUGAGUAUUGUGGAUUCCAUGACCGAAUUUGGAAUCUAUCGCAAAGAACCAGUUCUUGUUGUCGGAGGAGGUCUUGUCACUGAUGUUGCCGGAUUUGCUUGCGCAGCAUACAGACGAAACACCAACUUUAUUCGUGUUCCAACUACCGUCAUCGGGUUGAUUGACGCAUCAGUGUCAAUCAAGGUUGCAGUCAACUAUGGCAACUACAAGAACAGACUAGGCGCUUAUCACGCUCCCAUUCAUACAUUCCUUGACUUCACAUUUUUACGCACACUUCCAACAGCACAGAUACGUAAUGGCUUUGCCGAGUUGAUCAAAAUUUCAUCCUGCUCUCACCUCCCCACUUUCGAUCUAUUAGACAAAUACUGUGAACAACUCAUUGAGAAUUCUUUCGGUCGAGCUGAUGGCUCUUCAAAGGAAUUAAUCGAUGCCGCAGACACGAUCAAUAGAGGGGGUAUUCACGAAAUGUUAAAGUUGGAAACACCAAACCUACAUGAGAUUGGUCUGGAUCGUGUCAUUGCCUAUGGGCACACAUGGUCACCUCUUCAUGAGCUUGUUCCGGAUACACCUCUCCGACACGGUCACGCAAUCUCCAUUGAUAUGGCUUACUCGGCAACUCUUGCCAAUCAACGAAAGCUCUUGAGUGAUGAGGAGCAUCGCCGCAUCUUGAACCUGUUCUCUCGUGCAGGUCUUUCAAUGGAUCAUCAUCAAUUCGACGAAGAAAUCCUCGAGAAGGCCACUGCUGCUAUCCUCAAGACGCGAGAUGGCAAACUUAGAGCCGCUGUCCCAAAUCCUCUUGGGUCUUGCACCUUCUUGAAUGAUGUUUCAGCCGAGGAGAUGAACCAGGCUUUACAUCGCCACAAGGAGCUUAUGAAGGAGUAUCCUAGAAACGGAGAAGGAAUCGAGGCAUUUGUCGAUGCCUCUGAUACCGGUUACACUGAAAACGCGAAGAUGGAAGAAGAAAGAAUUAUUGAAAUGGCAGCGAAAAAGGCUGGUCAGAUGAAUGGAACCAACGGCCAUGCAAAUGGAACCAAUGGGCACACAAAGGGAACUAAUGGUCAUGCCAACGGAACCAAUGGGCACGCAAAUGGAACCAAUGGACACACAAAUGGAACUAAUGGUCAUGUCAAUGGAGCUAAUGGCCAUGUUCCCCACACAAAUGGAAAGGCGAACGGUCUAGUCAAUGGGCACAGCAACGGGGCAUUGUCAAAUGGCACGACAGGCAACUAUUGAUGAUGCAUGGGUGGACGAUAAAAGUGAAGGUUAACAAUUGAGGUUAUAAUGUUGUCGAACUACGGAUACGGAUUGGAUGGUUUCUUCCAGCAAUGAUUUUUUUUUUUUUAGGAAGACAAAAUAUGAUGCUUCCAAUUCAAUGACUUGCUUCGUUCUUGAUUGCAAGAUGUGAUGACAUUUAUAGUUCAGUUUAGGAUUUUAAUGCACCGAAAUCUGUACGCAUUGGGUGUUAUAUUGGUGUUCUCAAUGUAGAAUUUGUUUGAGUAAUUUAGUAUAAUAAAUGCGUUGAGACUCCUUGUGAUGUCCGUGGUUCAAUAGUGUCCCA